CUCCACAACCUGCUUCUUCUCUCGUUCGACAAAAAAACACACACUCCGCCGUCGGCACACUCAGAUCUACGCUUAUCUCUACAUAAUCCAGCUACUCUGUGCGCCAUGAGCAGUGCCGUUUCUCCUGCAGGAACCCCGACCCCCGAGGCUCCGAGCAAUAACCCCUCUGCUUUUCUUUCUCAGAUUAUCGGCGCAAAGGUGUCUGUCAAGCUGAAUUCGGGCGUGGAAUACAAAGGAGACCUGCAAUGUGUCGAUGGAUAUAUGAACAUCGUUCUUGAGCAAUCAGAAGAGUACGUCGACGGUGAACUGAAGCACGAGUACGGAGACGUUUUUAUCAGAGGCAACAACGUUCUCUAUAUCGGAACUAUAUAGAUUCGACUUUAGGUCGAGAGCAGACUCGGUUCAGUUACUAUCCUCUCUGCAUUGUAUAUUACUUGGUUUACGGGAUUGUUUUACGUCAUCAUCGCUGUACGAUAUUAUCAUGUUAAUAGCAUCAUAUUCUACAUCCACUGCAUAUACAACAGCAUGAAGUGCUCUAGCUUGCUCUAUUCAUCUGAUAGAAGUUGGAGUAUCAGUUGAUGCUGAAUGGUUCA